AUUUUUUCUUUUUUUUAUAUUUUAUGUCUGUUAACCAAUCAGCUCGUUCUUCUACGAGUAGAGUAUGUCCUGAAUUUGAGAGAGAAGAGAGACCAAGAACACAAACUGCUGCAAUGUCAUCAUCAUCACAACCACAACCUCCUUCUAAUAACAGUAGUCCUUUUGUUCCUUCUCCACAUGGCCAUCCAUCAUUUAGUCCUGUUAGACUUGGUUCAAGAGGAUCUAGUGUUGCUGACAGUAGAGUUCCUAAACCUCCAAAGCCACCAGAUAAACCUCUUAUGCCAUAUAUGAGGUACAGUCGAAAGGUAUGGGAUCAAGUAAAGGCCCAAAAUCAAGAUCUGAAGUUGUGGGAAAUUGGCAAGAUUAUUGGACAGAUGUGGAGGGAGUUACCUGAUGAUUCAAAACAAGAAUAUAUCGAUGACUAUGAAGCUGAAAAGAUGGAAUAUAAUGAGGCUCUUAAAUCUUACCAUAAUUCCCCUGCUUAUCAAGCAUGGGUAGCAGCAAAAGUCAGAGCUCAACAAGCAGCUGAAGAAAGAGAAGCUUUGGAACGCAGCCCUGCUGCUUCUCUUUUGGUACCGCAGAAGAUGGACGGAAAAGUUUGUAUACAACCUGCUGAAGAUGAAGAAGAUAUUGAUGAAUUUUCUGUAAAGCAUGUUGCUGCAGCGAGAUAUUUAAGAAAUCAUCGUUUAAUUAAUGAAGUAUUUAGUGAUACAGUAGUUCCUGAUGUCCGUUCAGUUGUGACAACAGCUAGAAUGAGUGUGUUAAAACGGCAGGUUCAGUCAUUAACAAUGCAUCAGGUAAAGAAUUACAAAACAUCAUUUUUGUGGUUACAUUAUUUAGUCAUUAUAAAUUAUCAAUAUUUUUAUGCUUUUAUGAUUAUAUAUAUAUAUUUAAUUAUUUCUCAGACUGAAUUUUUCCUGGAAAGACAAGUUGCUCUGUUAACUGAUAACUGGAAUAAUUUGUAUGAAAUCUUUGCCCAACAUGUGCAAGUUUCAUCAGUACCAGCUUACAAUAUUGAUGAAUUUUCUGUAAAGCAUGUUGCUGCAGCGAGAUAUUUAAGAAAUCAUCGUUUAAUUAAUGAAGUAUUUAGUGAUACAGUAGUUCCUGAUGUCCGUUCAGUUGUGACAACAGCUAGAAUGAGUGUGUUAAAACGGCAGGUUCAGUCAUUAACAAUGCAUCAGAGAUGUACAAAAGCUGUGGAUUCAAGCACAUACCAGAAAAUGGUAGAGAGAGCUCUUGAACAGUUAAAAAGAGAACUGGCAUCAAGAGAAGAACAACGCCAACAAAGAGAAGAAGCUGAGAUUCAUCAACAAAAUCAACCACAGCCUGUUGCCCAUGAUCAAAUUUCACAAAAUUCUCAGGACCAACUUAAUGAAUCUCAACCAGAUCAACAAUUAUGUGAACAAGAGGGACAACAAGGAAAUGAGAUCAGUGGUCCACAAAGUAGAGAAAACAAUCUUCCUGCUAAUGAUUAUAGAAGUCAAACUAUGUCUCAUGAAGAAUAUAAUCAGCCUUUAAAGGAAACAGCAGAUAUGGAUUCUAUCCAGUCAAAUCCAAUGGCAGCCCUUUUAUCUGUUUCACAAGGACUUCCAAUGGAUCAGGAUAGCAUUACUGGGAUGCAAGGUCAAUCAUUACCAGAAAGAAUGUCAGGUAUUUUGAAUCAAGCACCACAAUCAGAUCAUACUAUGUUAUCAGAAACAUCAUCAAAAAUGAUGCCUGAGCAUCGUCGUAUUUCUGUAUCUCCACCUUCAGGGCCUCCCAGUCACUCUGGUUCAUUAAAGGAUGAUUGUAUGGAAAAACUGCAAAUAGAUUCUCAAUGAACAUUUAUUGUAAAUAAAUGGAUUUAGUUUAAAAAGAUUAUUAGUUAAUUUAUAUAAUUAUUUGAGUUAUAUUAAUAAACUAAUGUGAUUUUGAACAACUGGAAAGAGGUUAUAAGUUUCUAUCAAAAUUUUUCUUUUCCUAAUUGAAAUUUGCACUUCAAUUUAGAAAACUAUUAUUAUAUUGUUAUUGUUUAUUUUUAUAAACAUUUGAAACAACAAUACCAAUUUAAAUUUUUACAAGUUUCCCUAACAGUUUCAGAAAUCUAUUCUGAAUUUUUAUAACAAAUGGAAGAAAGAAUAAAUUUUAGUACAUGAAAAAAAAUAAAUUUGAGGUUAUAAACAAAUUUUUAUUCCAGCUGACAUAAUCGUGUAAAAAGAAAACUUGUUUUUAAUUACUUUUGUUGUAAUUCUUACUUGUGAACUUAACUAUUAACACAAUAGUUAUCACAAAAGUUUAGUAAAAUGACUCAGAUAAUUUUUGAUAUAUGUAUAUAUGCUGCUUAAGUUUUUGGUUAAAAAGAGAUUGUUACUAUGAUACUUUUAUUGGAAAUAAAUCUUAUUAUAUAGAAUCAAAU